CAUUAAUGACGCACUUGGGCGUGGCCAAUAGGUGUGUUUCAGUGGAGGCGGGGACCCAGAGAGUGCGGUCAGCGGCGGGGCCUUGGGGUCAUCCUCUAAUCUUCUUUAAAGGUUACCGCAGGAGUCAGUAUUAUGGAAGACCCUGAAGACAACAAUAAGGAGGACACUCAUCUGCCCCAAGACCCCCCUGCCUCCCCUGAAGAGGUCAUCCCAUGUGUGAAGCCCUCAGAGGUCCCCAAGGAACCUGUCAUUCCCUUGAUUCAGAAUGGCUAUCACAGGCAGCCCCUGGUCCAGCCCUCUGGGCUAUCCACAGACACCAAGACCUUGAUGGAUGAGGUGCUGUCCCAGGCUGUGAAGGAACUGAUUGAGGAAACCGAGAAGUCCCUGGAAGAAAGAAAGAAUGCAAAUGCCGACUCCAUGCUCACUAUCCCCAUGAUCCAGAAAGGAUACACCUCCAACAAGGAAGGGGUAGACAGCGAACACUCAGCUGAAACUGUACCAAAAGAAGCUGAUUAUGAGGCAGUCUCUGUGGAGGCCUAUGGACUGGCCAUGCUGCGGGGUAUGGGCUGGAAACCUGGUGAUGGCAUUGGACGCACUUUCAGUCAAAUAGUGAAGCCCCGUGUCAACUCAUUGAGGCCCAAGGGGUUAGGGCUGGGCGCCAACCUGGCUGAGAUGAAGGCCUUGACCUCCACCAGUUCCAGCUGCCUUCCAAGAACAAAUGUGGACCAAGAUCAGGAUGACGGGCAGGAUACGACAAGGCAGCCCGAAGGGCUGAAGACGGGGACAGCUGUGACGGUCGUUUCUGGCCAUUACCGAGGCCGCUACGGGAAGGUUGAAGGCCUUGACCCUGACAAUGCUCGGGCCAUGGUGCGUCUGACAGGGGAGAACUCUGUGGUGACUGUUAGUGAGUACUGCCUGCGCCCUGUCUCCCAGCAGGAGCAUGAUGAGAACUCCAUGGAUCUCAAUCAGGAGAACACAACUCCCACGGGGCGACCGACCGACCCAGCCUUGUCACAGAAGACCCUCCAAGAUCAGGGUGCCCAUGCCCAUCUGGACUCAACGAGGAAGCGGAAACACCCCGUAGACCAACAAGAAGGGCCUGUGGCCAAAAGCGAGAAGACAGCUUCCAGAAGUCCACACUGGAUACACAGAGACCUGCGCGUACGCUUUGUGAACAAGCUCUACAAGAAUGGCCAGUACUACAACACCAAGAUGACGAUUGAAGAUCUCCUGAGCCCAGACACCUGUGUAUGUCGAACUGAUGAAGGCCGAGUGUUAGAAGGUGUAAAGGAGGACAUGUUGGAGACACUGGUUCCCAAGACAGAAGGUGAACGCGUGAUGGUGGUGCUGGGACCACAGGCCGGAAGGGUAGGCCAGCUGCUGCGCCGUGACACAGCGCGAAGCAGGGCUUUGGUACAGCUGCACAGAGAUGAUCAGCUGGUGGAGCUGCAUUAUGACGCCGUGUGCCAGUACAUGGGCCCCAGUGACUCCGAUGAAGACUGACGGGCUCCGCUCCCAUUCCCCAGGCGGCUACCAGUUCUGUGCAGUGGGAAAGAGCAGGGAAAAGCUUGCAGGCACAGACAGGGAAAUGAGUAACCGGACCAAAAGGGAGACUGAAAACAAACCUGGUAGCUAGCCAAGUGGAAUGGGCAAUAAAAACCAUUUGAAACACUUA